AUGCCCUUAACCAUCAAUCUUGUUCCCUCCACAAACCCCAUAUCUCUCUUCCCACGAAACCUCCUCAACACCUCCACAAUCUUCCACACACCUCCUCCUCCUUCUCCUUCAACACUUCGUCCCCUUGUCGUGAAAUGCAGCGCCUCUGAAAACGGCGGUGGCUUCAAGGACUCACUGGGCGGCAUUGUGGGCGACCAAGUAGAGGAGCUACUGAACAAACAAGAGAACAGGGUUCUGCUUGAUGGGUUGGUCAAAGCUUCCGAGAGGGUCGAGAAUGCCAAAAGAGAGCUCGCUGAGAUUGAAAGACAAGAACAUGCGGCCAAGCUUGCCAGGGAGUAUAUUAACGAACUCGAAACCAGGGCUUCUGAGAUUGAAGAAUGUCAAAAGGAGAUAUCAGGGGCAAAAGCCAAGGUGGAAGAAGCUGAACGCGCCCUCUCACAAACUGGGGACGAAUUUGGAAAUGGAUAUGCUUCUGCAGAGUCCGAGAAUGGGGAAAUCGACAAGGACCAAGAGAAAUUGGAAUCUAUAAAAGCAGCUUCAGUUGCAGCCAUUGUUGGCGCUGUUGCUGGACUGCCCUUCUCCUUCACUCAAGUGAGCAACAGUUCGGAGCUGAUACUCCCUCUGGGAAUCACCUCUAUUAGCUGUGCACUGUUCGGAGUUACAUUCCGAUAUGCGAUAAGAAGAGACUUGGAGAAUAGUCACCUUAAGACUGGAGCACCUGCAGCUUUUGGGGUUGUCAAAGGUCUUGCUAUGCUGGAUGGUGGGAAACCUCUGGAACUAAACACUGAUAGCUUAAUAUCCCAUGCUUUUGAUGGUGCAGUGUAUGUAUCUGAAAAUCUUUUUGUUUUUCUCUCUGCUGCUGUUGCUCUAGAUUAUUUGUUUAAGAUGAGGCUCUUGAGUCCAUUUCCUAUCAAGAAAUCUGUUUCAAGAUCCAACACUAGAUGAUGUUCACCU